AUGUACGCCGCUCAGAAUAUAACGCCAACAGUUUUGGAUGCUAUGAAUGGAAAUGUUUCCGAAUGGUAUAACGAAUGCGACAAUGCCAUUAGAAGGUCAGAAAUAGUUCCUGGAACUUACGAAUAUACAACUGCUGUUUCUUAUGGAAACGUAGGUGAGUUUGGAGAAGGUUCUUCAACAACAGUAGAUAUUGCUUGCGACAGGUUUCAUAUUAUUUCUAUUGACAACUCUUUCUUAUACGUGGAACAAGACAUUGAAAUAAAACCUUCUGCCAAGUUGUCUGACAAGAAAGGUUGCAAUGGAAUUUUCUAUGUCGGAUACCAAUAUGCUCCAGAAGUUUUCAUGGGAUAUAAGAUAUAUUCUAACUCUGACUUAGUUCAAACAGUAACAUGGGCAAACUAUGAAUGGUUCGCUUUGAGAAACUCAGUACAACCACAAGCUAGAGAACAAACAGACCAGUAUGCAACUAUUGAGAAAAUAAGAAGACUUGACCCUAACGUUCCAGGAGUUUAUGUUGACCUUUCUGGACAAAAUGCAGCAGCAGUAACCAAAGUAAAACUGAAACUUAGAGUUCCUUUGUCAUCUUUCCUCAUCUUCAGGUUUUUAA